UUUAUAUACAACUCAACUCAAAACAAAAUUGAUAUAACCUUUCAAAAUAUUGAGUUUGUGUAACCUAAACCACAGUAUCCGAAUUAAAAAUGUCUCUUUAUGAUGAUUUGGAUGUAAAAUCACGUACAGCCACCGAGAAUGUCUCGGGUUGGUCAUCUGGGAUUAAACUACUACAAUCACAACUCCAGUUGAAGAAAGCAGCAGUCACUCAACAAAAACGCGACGUUCAACGAAAAGUAAGCCUUCCUCCUGUUAUCGACCUCAAAAGCAAACAACGCGAUGAUGAAGACUACAUAUUACCACCGUACAUUCCCAAGAAACCAGAGGUAUUACUCUCAAACACCUCAAAUUAUGGCAAUGAUAUGGACUGGAAUGUUAUUGAUGAGUAUGAUCCUCUUUGGCCCAAUGAAUAUGAAAAGAUAGUGAAAGAAAUGCGUGAACAUCGCGAGCGUGAACGAGAUCGCGAAGAUGAAAAGAAACGCGAAAAGGAACGUGAUAGAAGAAAGAAAAGCAGAUUCAAUGAUGUUGUACCUGAAGAUGAAGUGCAAUCAACACCACAAGCUACACUGCCACAGUUAUCAUCUGGAUUUGCAGGCAGAUGGGCUGAGGAAGAUGAAGAAGAAGAACAUCAGCCACAACCAAAGUCAUCCAGAUCAACUGGUGCAGCAAUUGCUCCACCACCAAGUCUUCAAGAAACAGUUGAAGUUAUUCCUGCUAUUUUAAAACCACAAUUGCGUCCGAUUGAAACUGCUGGUGCUGGAGGAGCAGGUGGUUCAAUAGCAGCCAAAAUAAUGGCUAAAUAUGGUUUUAAAGAGGGUCAAGGCCUUGGAAAGCAAGAACAAGGCAUGUCUUCAGCUCUACAAGUAGAAAAAACAUCGAAACGUGGUGGGCGGAUUAUUCACGAGAAAGAAAUUAUGCCGCCGCCUUUCGGUGCGGCUCCUCCAGGUGGGUCUAAACCUGGGGUUAAAGAAGAAGAAGAACCAACUAUUACUGAGAUAAUGAAAAAUCCAAGUAAAGUGGUUCUGUUGCGGAAUAUGGUCGGUCCUGGUGAGGUUGAUGACGAAUUGGAACCAGAAGUCAAGGAAGAAUGUCAUACGAAGUACGGUGAAGUUAUUAGCGUGGUGAUUCAUGAGAUUCAAGACCAGCCGCCCGAGGAAACUGUAAGAAUUUUUGUCGAAUUCAAACGAAUCGAAAGCGCGAUCAAGGCAGUCGUCGAUUUAAAUGGGAGAUUUUUUGGUGGGCGAAUGGUCAAAGCGACUUUUUAUGAUACUGAGAAGUUUGAUAACUUUCUAUUGCUUGAAUAAUUUGAAUAAAUUUAAUUUAACUUGCAA